UCUGGUAAAGUAAAUAAAAACAAACAAAAUAAACAAACAAAACACAAUAGGACAGGAUGCCAAAACGGUCUGAGGACAUGUUCAUGGAUCUGUGGACUUCCUUGGUGCUGGUGUGGAUUACUUGUGUUCCCUAUACGUCUAUGACUCCUAUCACAGACCAGUCCAAAAGUAUACAAACUGGUGGGUCGGCAGCAGUGGUGAGCAGUGUUGGCGAAGGACAAAGAUUACUGAGCCGAGCCAAGAGAGGAUGGGUUUGGAAUCAAAUGUUUGUGCUGGAGGAAUUUUCUGGACCCGAUCCAAUUCUAGUUGGCAGGCUACACACAGAUUUGGAUGUUGGCAACAAGAACAUCAAGUAUGUCUUAGCGGGCGAGGGGGCAGGUACUAUCUUCGCCAUCAACGAAAUGACGGGUGACAUCCACGCCAUGAAGAGGCUGGACCGUGAAGAGAAGGCCGAGUACACGCUAACAGCCCAAGUUAUUAACGCAGACACAGACGAGCCCUUGGAGCCUCCGUCCGAGUUCAUCAUCAAAGUCCAGGACAUCAAUGACAAUCCUCCGCAGUUCAUCGAAGGCCCGUACCGGGCCUCUGUUCCUGAGAUGUCUACAGUUGGCACUCCAGUUACGCGGGUAACAGCCACGGAUGCUGAUGACCCGGUGUAUGGAAACAGUGCUAAACUGGUCUACAGCAUAUUGGAAGGACAGCCGUACUUCUCUAUAGACCCCAACUCUGCAACCAUAAAGAUUGCUCUACAUGGGAUGGAUCGAGAAAUGAGAGAGGAGUAUCUUGUGGUUAUCCAGGCUAAGGACAUGGGAGGUCACAUGGGUGGCUUGUCUGGGACCACAACAGUCACCGUCACACUAACCGACAUCAAUGAUAACCCUCCGAAGUUCUCUAAAAGUUUGUAUGAGUUUGUGCUUCCUGAGGACUUAGCGAUUGGAAAACCAGGUGGCAAGGUGAAGGCAAAUGACAGAGACGUUGGUGAGAAUGCCAAGUCAACGUAUAGCAUCAUCGAGGGAGAUGACCGAGGCAUGUUCGAGAUUUUUACGGACUCACAGACUCAGGAAGGGAUUCUCCGACUAAAGAAGCCUUUAGAUUUUGAGACCAAGAGAGCCUAUACACUGAAAGUUGAAGCCACCAACGCCCGGUUUGAGCCCAGCAGCGGCGGGCCCUUCAAAGACACAGCCACAGUGAAGAUUGUGGUGGAAGACUCUGACGAACCCCCAGUUUUCUCCAAGUCCAUGUAUGUUCUGGAGGUGAACGAGAAUGCCCCCAUCAACACUGUUAUAGGAACAGUCACCGCCCGGGACCCAGACGCCACAGGGAGCCUUGUGAGGUACUUCAUUGAUCGGCACACAGAUCUUGAGAGGCAGUUCAAUAUCAAUGUCGAUGAUGGGAAGAUCACGCUGGCCAAACCACUGGACCGAGAGACCGACAUGUGGCACAACAUUACUGUGACCGCCGCAGAAUCAAAGGAGCCACUUCAGAUAUCCAGGGCUAUCGUAGCUAUCAGAGUAAUGGACAUUAACGACAAUGCCCCUGAAUUUGCCACCGAAUAUGAGGCCUUCUUGUGUGAAAAUGGAAAACCUGGACAGGUGAUCCAGACUGUCAGCGCAGUGGACAAAGACGACCCAAUUCAGGGCCACUACUUUGACUACCGCCUGGUCCCAGAGAUGCUCAACAACCCCAAUUUCACCAUUAAGAACAACCAAGACAAUUCAAUCAGUGUUCUAGCCAAGCAUGAUACCUUCCGGAGACAGAAGCAGGAGACGUACCUCCUGCCAAUCAUUGUGACGGACAAUGGGAAUCCACCAAUGAGCAGCACCAACACCUUGACCAUCAGGGUCUGUGGAUGCAGCAAGGAGGGCAUUGUCCAGUCCUGCAACGUGGAGGCCUACGUCCUGCCAAUCGGCCUCAGUAUGGGAGCGCUCAUCGCCAUUCUUGCCUGCAUUAUACUGCUUUUAGUUAUUGUAGUGCUAUUUGUGACCCUGCGGAGACACAAGAAUGAGCCUCUGAUUAUCAAGGAUGAUGAAGACGUGAGGGAGAACAUCAUCCGCUAUGACGACGAGGGAGGUGGCGAGGAGGACACAGAAGCCUUUGACAUCGCCACGCUGCAGAACCCGGAUGGCAUUAAUGGCUACCUGCCACGCAAGGACAUCAAGCCGGACCUGCAGUUUAUGCCACGGGCGGGCCAGCACUCGGGCCCAAAUGGUGUGGAUGUGGAUGAGUUCAUCAACGUACGGCUUCACGAGGCAGACAAUGACCCCACGGCGCCGCCUUAUGACUCCAUCCAGAUCUACGGAUAUGAGGGCCGGGGAUCCAUUGCCGGCUCCCUCAGUUCACUGGAGACAGCAUCGUCGGACUCGGACCAGAACUAUGACUACCUCAGAGAGUGGGGUCCACGCUUCAGAAGACUUGGGGAGCUCUACUCAGUGGGCGAGAGCGACCGAGAGACUUGACCUCUGGUUCAGUAGAAAAAGACCUUCCUGAUUUUUUUUCUGUCCACAUACUUGUGUAUUAAAACGCUAGGGAGUUUGCUGGCUUUUAGAAACAGCUGUUUAAAAAAACAAAAAGACAAAAAAAGUUAAUAACAAGGGUGGGUGGGGGCACCUUUUUUAUUCUUCUUAGAGUGAGGAAUAGCAGUCGUCAUCCACUACUUCAAGCGCAUUGUAAUUGUUGAGCCAAACAAUGUCUUUAUUAGGAGAUCUAUGAUUCUUGUGGAGUGUAACUUAGAUUCUCGUGGAGUGUCUAGCAGUAUUUUGGGUGUUUGUCAUUUGCUGUGACUGCCAGAAGCAGAAAAAUCCUGGGAUUGCUGGUAGUUGCCUGAUGAGAGGAAAGAGGGACAUUGUGGGGUUCUCUGGAGCUUGAUGGGACACCAUACUCCAUGAUCCAUGGACACCAAGUUGGACCACAGAAGCUGCAGAGGAACUCUUGUAUCAUAUCUCCACAAGCCACCCAGCUGAUCUGAAACUAAAUGAAAAUGAAAAAGCAAUAUAUGGUCUACAUUACAAUGAUGAAUGUAUGUAUGAUUUGAAAAAAAAAAAAAAGCAAAAAGACAAACCACUACAAGUAUUGGCUUUAAGGUGAAUUUGUAAUCAUUUGAUAUGUUCUCGGGUGGCCACAUUUAUAAACUCUCUGAGCCCAGAUGGCUUGCUUUAUACAACUCUUUGUAUUUACACGCUACAGGUGUGGGUCGCAAGUGUUACUAGCCUAUAAAAGACUGAAGUGAAGAUAAAAAAGAGAAAUGUAGAAACUCUGAGGCCUUCUUUUUACAGAAGCAACAUUAAAUACAAUUGUAAUCAAAUGUUUUUGACAACAAACGUGUUGAUUCCUCAUUAUUGUUCUAUGAGUUUUUGUAUAUCUGUUCUUAUAUCAUUUUUUUCUGUGCUGAAGCUAUGAAGUGAGUGUGUUUUGAUUAUUUCACAUUCAGCUGUUUUUCAACCACUGGAACACUAUUCCAUAAUAGCCAAACCAUAUGAUGCAUUUACUGCAGUCGGUGAUAUAGACUAGAUGUAUGCAGGAAAACAAGAGCUCUAAGUUACUAUGACAAUACAGACGAUCUAAUUAAAUGGUAUUGCAGGAAUGGGACAUUUCCGACAUACUAAUUGUGUGAAAAAUGUAUCUCAUUAUAUAUUCUGAGUUACAGCCAGUGACCAUCUGAGCACAAUAACUGGAUUAAUACCUGAGUAUGUGAAUAUCUGACCCCGUCAAAACAUCAAAUUUCAUAUAGGAAACACAGAUUACAUUAGCCCCAGAAAAUGAAGAUACCAAUACAGACCAUGUGCGUAUUGUGCUUACACUGUAUGAUAUAGACAAAAAAAGACAUGUACUGUACAUAGAGUUACUGCUAACGUCAUUAGCUUUCAAUGAGGUGGUAGGUUUUUGUCUCUGCACGUUAGCUCUUGCACAUAAUGAGAAUCUUUAAUGGCACUACAGCUGCGUGCAUACUCAGUUUGUACUGAUACAGUAUUAUGGCAGUUCUCGGUAGACUAAACAAUAUAUAUGAAAUAGUCCUACAUGCAGAUCAUAUUUUCUACUGUGCUUUAAUGCUUAUAAAUGUGUAUGUUCAAUUAUUUACUCCCUGUACUGUAAUCUAAG